AUGUCUGUCGAUUCAGAUAUCACCACGCAGUCAAACUACACCGAGAUCGCAUCCGAGCAUGUGGAUUUCGAUUGGACGGUCGAUUUUGCGCAGAGCACCAUCUCUGGCUCUGUUACUCAUACCCUAACGGUGAGGAAGGAGAACGUACAACACGUCGUCUUCGACUCGUCUGCACUCGCGAUUGAGAGCGCAGUAGUGGAGGGAAAGAUUGCACAGUUUGACCUGGGUGCUCCUCAGCCUGUCGUGGGGUCCGCUCUUCGCGUUUCACUUCCUGCUGGGCUCAAGACAGACUCUAAAGUCAAAGUCACCAUCUUCUACAAGACUAGCAAGGACUCCAUGGCCCUCCAGUGGCUGGCAAAAGAGCAGACACAAGGGAAAUCUUUCCCUUUCUUGUUCAGCCAAUGCCAACCUAUCUACGCGCGCACGAUGGCACCACUGCAGGACACUUCCUCCGUCAAAGUCACCUACUCCGCCAAAGUGACGUCUGUUCUUCCCGCUUUGCUGUCUGCUAUCCGUGUGUCCCCUCCCUCUGAUGGACCAACCCACGACGGGAAAGUGAUUGGCAAAGAUGCUGUGACUUACGUUUACAACCAGCCGAUUCCAAUCCCUACGUAUCUUAUUGCCAUCGCCGUGGGCAAUCUCCGCUACCGUGCCUGUCCCAGAGUAGAAGGGAAAGAGUGGCAGACUGGGGUUUGGGCAGAACCGGAGACCAUAGAGGCCGCAUACUGGGAGUUUGAGGAAGCCAUCAAUAGGACCUUGAUCAUAGCCGAAACCAUAUUGCCGCCGUACAAAUUUGGUGUAUACGACGUGCUAGUUUUGCCGCCAUCCUUCCCUUACGGUGGCAUGGAAAACACUUGCCUUUCAUUCAUCACACCGACUCUCCUCGUCGGCGACCGCUCGUUGGUCGACGUAGUGGUACAUGAGCUGUCUCAUUCAUGGUUUGGCAAUGGUGUCAGCCCAACAUCGGCGACACACUUCUGGCUUAACGAAGGGUGGACGACGUACACGGAACGACUCCUCAUGCAAUAUCUUCAUACUCCUCAGCAUCGUGACUUCAGCUACCUGGUUGAGUCCAGAUCAAUGUAUGAUGAUCUGAAACGGUACAAGGACCACCCGAAGUACCAGCGUCUCGUAAUCGAGUUUGAGAAGGGAGAGGAUCCCGACGAUGCGUACAGCAGGAUUCCAUACGACAAGGGCGCGAACCUUCUGCUCCAUCUCGAACGAACCAUAGGUGGUCUAGACGUUUUCCUCCCUUACGUUCAUGACUACGUCUCGACCUUCUUGGGCCGAAGUAUUACUACAGAGCAGUGGAAAUCACAUCUGUACUCGUACUUCAAGCAGCAUGGAGGCGAGGAGAAAACCAGGCUACUAGACAGCAUUGACUGGAAUGCGUGGUUCUAUGGCGAAGGCAUCGAGCUGCCCGUCGAGAUGGACUACGAUCAUACUCUCGCAGAACAGGCAUACGCAUUGGCUGCCAAGUGGGACGCAUCAAGAACAAUCUCAGACGUGGCACAGCUCCCUUUCAAGGAGGAGGAUGUCGACAUUCUGGACACAAAUCAGAAGAUUCUCUUCCUCGAAAGAAUUCAGUCCUACGCUGCCCUACCUUCGUCCCAUGUCACACUGAUGGGCACCCUCUAUCACUUUGCUGACACUCCCAAUGCCGAGCUCCGUUUCCGUUUCUACGAAUUCGCGUUCCUUGACCCCAAGUCCUCCGCUGCGAAAGCGUUCGCACCCGCUGCGGCAGCCUGGGUAACUGGAAACGAUGGCACCGGCAUUAUAAAGGGCCGCAUGAAACUUUGCCGGCCGGUAUUCAGAGGUAUAAACGAAGUCGAUCAUGAUUUGGCGGUGAAAGCGUUCAAAGAAUCAGCGAUCAACUUCCACCCAAUCGCACGCAGGAUGCUCGAGAGGGACAUGGGGCUUGCAUAG